AUGGCUCGACUCUCCCUCACAGAAGCGGGCCUCCUGCUUCUGUUUGCGCUGGCCUUGGUGCUCAGUGCUGAGGCAGGGCAGAGGUCACAGACACUGAGCAGGAAGAAGAGAGAGUGGAUCCUUCCCCCGGCCAAGCUGAUGGAGAACACCGACUACACACAUAAGGAAUUUAUUGCCAAGAUUCGCUCUGAUAAUGACAAGAAUAAAAAGGUGGAGUAUUAUCUCUCUGGACCAGGAGCUGACAAACCACCCUUCAAUCUCUUUGUGGUGGACCAUGACACUGGUUUUGUAAAAAUCACUGGUAUUCUGGACCGGGAGAAACAGUCUUCCUACAAUCUAACAGGAAGCGCUAAAUACAGAGAUGGGACCACAGCAGAGGAGGAUAUCCCACUGACAGUCACAGUCCUGGACCAGAAUGAUAAUGCUCCUUAUUUUGAGCUGCAUACUGGUAACAUCACAGAGGCAAGCAAACAAGGAACCUUUGUUAUGCAGAUUGAGGGGAAAGAUGAUGAUGAUCCCAAUACAGUUAAUGCAAAGAUCUCCUACAGCAUCAUCAGUCAGGAGCCAGAAGGCACAGGUCACAUGUUUACUUUAGAUGAAAAGACAGGCAAACUGUAUGUCAAAGAGCCUACACUGGACAGAGAGACUCAUGACCUCUACAGACUGGUUAUAAAAGGGACUGAUUUGGAAGGGGCGGCAAAUGGGCUAACAGGGACAGGAACUGUGGAGAUCAGGGUCCUGGACAUCAAUGACAAUAUCCCCACUCUGGAAAAAUCUGAGUACUCUGGAUCAGUGGAUGAAAAUGUCGCUGAUGUAGUUGUCAUGAGAAUCAAAGCUCUGGACAAAGACCUUGAACACACAGACAACUGGUUGACGGUCUUUACAAUUGCCAAAGGAAAUGAUGAUAACCUCUUCUCCAUUGAGACAGACAAAGAAACCAAUGAGGGCAUCCUGAAACUGAUUAAGCCUGUAGAUUUUGAAGAACUCCAGAAUCUUGAGCUUGGCCUGCUUAUUGAGAAUGUAGCUCCUUUUGUGGAGGGUGGUGCUAUUCUGAUGGAUGUGGAUGUUCAGGUUGGAAAGGGUGGCCCUCUGGCAACUGGAGCUGGUGCCGGCACUGGAGCUGGCACUGGUGCUGGUGCUGGUGCUGGAGCCGGUGUGGGCGCAGGGGUAGACCUGGGAGUAGAUGUGGGGGUGGAUGCAGAUGUGAAUCUGGGUGUAGACGUAGGCCUAGACGCUGACCUGGAAGGGGGUGGAGAAGUAGGACUUAAUCCUGAGGUGGGACUUGGUCCUGGACUUGGGGUUAAGCCUGGUGUUGGACCUGGAGUAGGUGUCGGACUUAAACCAGGUGUCAAACCAGGACCAGGAACAAAACCAAAGCCAAAGGCACCCUCAAAAAGCUAUCCCAUUAAGAUAGCAGUGAAUAAUGUGCCAGAGGGCCCAGCAUUCGUGCCUGACACCAAGAAUGUUCCUGUAUCUGAAGAUCCAAAUGAAGCACCUGAGGAUGGUGUGAUUACUGUGUUUGCUGCUGUCGAUCCAGACACAGGAAAACCAGCUGAAGACGUCAGUUAUGCAAAAGCCUAUGAUCCAGACAACUGGUUUACCAUUGACGAAGAAACAGCUGAGAUUAAACUCAACAAGGUACCAGACAGAGAGUCGCCGUUCUUGGUGAAUGGUACCUACAUUGCCAAGAUUCUGGCCAUGACCAAAGACAUGCCAUCAAAGACAGCCACGGGAACAAUAGCCAUUCAAGUCACUGACUCCAAUGACCACUGUCCCACCCUCACCACCACCCACAGCAGCCUGUGUUCCAAUAAAAAAACUGUUUUUGUGUCUGGCAGCGAUGAGGAUGUUAGUCCCAACAGUGCUCCAUUCACAUUCAGAAUCAUACCUGAUGGGACACGGGGCAGCUGGGUUGUAGAAGUCAUCAAUGAGACAACUGCUGCUCUUCACUCUGAGGAGGUGCUGUGGCCCGGUUCAUAUGAGCUUCAGGUGGAAGUGUUGGAUGCUCAGGGUCUGUCUUGCCCCACCAAUGAGGUUUUUACUGUGGACGUUUGUACCUGUGUAAAAACAGAGGACUGCAGCUUAAUGGCAGCCAGAGUGGGAGUUACCUCAUCUGAGCUUUCUGCCCCAGCCAUUGGCCUGCUGCUAAUGGCCCUGUGCUUACUGCUGUUCAUUCCUCUUCUCCUGUUGUUCUGUCAAUGUGGAGGAGCAGACACCAUCUUUCCUGACCAAUUUAGUGAUCUACCAUUUGACGCCAAAGAACAACUCAUAUCCUACCACACUGAAGGCAGAGGCGAAGAUAAGGAAGUGCCACUCCAAGGUGUCCCAGUUUUGUUAGGCACCCAAAAGAAAGUUGAGGCGGCAGCAGCACCAAACUUUGAAAGCAAUCUUUCAAAAAUCACAGAAACUCAUCAGACAGCUACAUUCUACAAUGAAUCUGUACAGAAGUUUCAGGAAACCAGUCAAAGUCUUAUGGAGGUCGACAACAGCUACAGGUUUUCAAGAGACACAUUCAACCAAGGCAAUGAGAGUGCACUGCAAUUCAGCAGGCAAAGACUUGGUGUCCAAAACACAGCAGCUCUAUAUGAGGAUAUAGCCCUGCCUGACGUAUUCCUCAAUGACUACUACUCACAGAAAGCAGUGUGUGCUGUGCCAGUGAAGGACAGUCUGUUGGUUUAUAACUAUGAGGGCCAGGGCUCUUCUGCUGGCUCAGUGGGCUGCUGCAGCCUCCUGGAGUCUGACAAUGACCUACAGCUCCUAAAUGACCUAGGCCCAAAGUUCAAGACUCUGGCUGAGAUCUGUUCUCCUCCAACACCAAAACCCUCUCUGACACACAAAGUAGCAGAUGUUGUCCAUACCACUAUUGAUCUUGCUGAACCGGUUGUUAAGCCCAAAAUUGAGCACAUUGUUGAGAAAAAGCAUACCAAUAUAAAGACAGAAAGAGUGAUGUCAUCUACUAACAUUUCCAAAUCAUCUGUCAAUACUGUUGAAUCCAUGCCACAAUCCAUGACAGUUUCUCACUCCAAGGUCAGUAACAUUAGUCAGUCCUCUAGCGUCUAGUCAUUC